AGCUGCGUAGCUAGCUACAGAAGAAAGAUCUGCACUGCAGACACCUGAAACGCCAUCUGUUUCCUUCGGUUUAUCAUUUGAGCCUGUAAGUACCCCAAUCACAUACGGAUUACGCGAGGAUCCGUAUUGGUUUCAUCUGCCCGGUUGAAUUGAAUUUGAAUGGAACUUCAUCCUCCGUUUUAGGGUCUUCGUCCUUCCAAAUUUUACGCAUGUAAUGUGAUAGCCUACGAGUCCCCUUCGGUCGUGAGGUGAACCGCUCAAAAGGCGCAGUGAGGAAAUUGCCCCAUCAUGGUGACCAAGAGGAUCAGAUCGGAAUACAUGAAGAAAUUUAAAGAUCCCAAAUGGGAUUCUUACUCCAGGUGUUAUGAAGAAUUGUUGAAAUACAGACUUACUCGCAGACUUUUGGAACAAAGCCACAAUCCAUGGUUUUGGGGAGAGUGGUCAAGUGAGACUUCUGGGAAGUCAACUCCACAAGGAUGCAAAGUUGAACCAUUGAAAUCGGAGGACGAAAAAACACCUGCACAGCAGACCACUCCAUCAGAACACUCCAGCGAACCCGUGGAUGCUAUUAGCCAAGAAAUCCAGGUUCUAUGCGAGUCUCCUAACAGGGGUGAGGAGGAGGAAGACGGAAGAGCACCUUCAAUCGUUUCUAAUGAAGUAAAGCCGGAAGUACCCGUUAAACCAAAAGCAGGCCAGCGUGUUUCUCGCAAGCCCUCACAAGCCAAGAGGAAACCAAGUAAACGCCAAGACCCGCAUGACAACAAAGACGCCAAAGAGAACAGGCAUCCUUUUGCCAUGUAUGGCGCGGGAGACCGUGAGGCCGACAUGGCCUUAAAGAAGACCCACAACGUGUGCCCCGUUGCAUCCACCAAGGAGAUCCACGAGUCUGCCCUGCGUGCCAAAACUCGGCGGGACGUGGAGAAGCAGGUGAAGAGAACGGAGAGGACCCGAGCGCGCUCCAUUGACAAGAUGACCAAAGCCAAAAGCAAAGCGGCAGCUGAUUUUGACCCCUGGGUAACAGAGUACAUGCUCCGCUUCUCAGCCCGGUCACAGUAGUGAGAAGGGGACUCACUAAUUCGACGCCCUUUCGGUACUUACCGCUUACGUCAUACGACCCUAACCCUAAACCUCACCCUAACCUUAACCCUAAACCUAACCCUAACCCUAAACUUAACCCUAACCUUAACCUUAACCUUAACCCUAAACCUAACCCAAACCUUAAAUCACUUGUUUGAAAUGUUUGAUUACCAUGUGACGUACCACGUAAGUACCGAGAGGGCGUCAAACUAGUGGGUCCCAGUGAGAAGGGUAGGCCCCUUUCUCCAGUACCAGUCCUACAAUGACUGGCACUACGGGCAAUGCCCCCCUCUGACACUUUACGCAAAAUCAGUGAAAAAGAAAAAAAGACGCUUAGAACUGCUAAUACCAUGUUAUCAUUGUAAUAGUGGUAAUAGCGUUGAAAUAACAAUGUAAUACUGUAGUGCUAUUGCUCAGUUGUCCCGUCCCUGCUUUUCUCUGCUCAGAGCACUGCAUUGUAUUAUGCUCUGCUGACGGUUUUAUCCAAAGCGACUCACAGUUACUCCAGAGUAUUGGUUCUAGUCCCUGGUGCUAUGUGGAGUUAGGUGCCUUGCUUAGGGGCACUUCAGCCGUGGAUGGUAAUGUAUGGGAUUCGAUCCAGCCAGCAACAUACCGAUUCCAAGAUCAACUACUUAACCAUGAGGCUGCCCCACAACGUGUUGAAUGACAAAUGCAGAUUUUUCAGAUUUCUUCACUGAGUGAUAAAUAUACCAGUAUCGGAUCUGCGUUUAAUCUUGUGUAAACUUUUGAUAUAACUGUUUAUAGGAUUCUUUGACAUUUGAUAAAUUGUAUCUUUGGGUUUCUAAAACAACAUUACACAUUGGUGGCUGGACCUCAAUAUUUAUUUAUUCCAAUAUUUGGUAUUUGAUUUGGUUGGACAAUCCCACAUAACUUUUUUGAAUGUCCUCCAGUCCAAGCCAAUAACUGCUGUGAUUGGUUCAUCAACAAAGUUGAGACUAGUUCUCUGCAGAGCCAUGGAAGUAAGAUUCCAGCCAAUUCCAUUGACCUUCAAUGUUCCAUUUUUUACAAAACAAUGGCAGCUAAUGGUGCAUUCCCCAAAGGUAGGGCCUUCCCAAUACGCAACAAGGAGUCAGCUAUCUCCCACUUGAAAGCGUUCCAACCAGCAAGCUAACCAAAACUACAAACAUGGAGGGACAAAAAUACAUAUCCACUUCUCAAAGAUGUCAGCAAUGUAAACAAUGAGGUGUAAACAACAUCAUGGGCUUUUUUCAUGUCGAAGCAUUUCAUCUUUGAAAGAGGCAAUGCCAAUAACUACACCUUAGAAAGGUUCAUGGUCGGUUUUGCAACUGUUAACCUGUCCAAAUCAACUCUAUUUGUCCAUAGAAUGGUGAUUACUGAGUAAUGCGCAACAUAAACUAUUCCUAACACUGUGCGCUGCCAUUGCUGUGAUGACAUCACGAUUGUCAAUGGGACAAAGUCAGUUUGCUUCGCUUUUGCCCCAGCUCGCGACUUGUACAUUCCGCUUCAACAGGCGUUCCAAUGCAUUUCAGCAAGUAGGAGGGUCAGAAACAUCCCAUCUCCCAACCCUGGGGAAUGCACCAUAAGUACUGCUCUUGGAGCUUUUGACAUAGUUCCACUAGUUCCUGAAAGUGGGCGUAGAACACAGAAAGUGUGGUAAAGGCAUUGUCAUUCAUUUCUCCUUAAUAUUUGCGUGUUCUGUAGUGUUAGUCUCUAGUGAACAGAAAGCCGCUGCUUACUGUAGAUCUACUUGAAUCUAUGUGCAUCAUGUCACCCACCGACUUCCUGUACUCCGCUUGUCACACCUCUGCAUUCCAUGGGCCUUGUUCUCUCUAUUAAAGCUGUGAAGAGUGUGAAAGUUACUGUAAAAUGAAGAGAAAUUGUCUGCCAAGCGCACGCCAUGAUAGCCAAUGCAUAAUGUCUAUUAUCCAUCCAGCCAGCUUAAAUGACCUGAUUCCUUUAUAGUUUUGCUUUGAGUGCCACCUUCAAUAUUAAUUAUUGAUUCUCUUGACCUGAAGUCAUUGGAAUUGAAUUGAAAUUUGAAACUGAAGUGUAGAAUACCUCUUGACCAUUAUGCUAUGGCAUCAUGUGCUUAUACUAUGACACACCUGCGGUCAAAUUUGUCCACAAUAUUUUUUGCACACAGUAUGGCGACAAUUGUGCUACUUAAGUGCUGCCUCAGGAUUUCGGGUAUUGUUUGUAAUUCUGUAGGAUUAUAGAUGUUCUAAUCUGUAUUUUACAUAUCCGUCCUCAGCAUUUAGUGUUUGUAGCCUUUUUGUAAGAUACGCUUAGUUUGGGGGGUGAGUAGGGUGCUUUUGUAUUUUAUAUGUUUCAUGAUAAUGAAAUUAUGAACAAAUGUGUCCUUCAAAAAGUCAAAUGUUGUUUUAUUUGUAAAUACAAAUUCAUAUACAAUGUGACAAAUGGAUAUAAUGUAUUGAAAGCUAUGAUUAAAAUGUCUAUUUG